AUGGCAAUUUGCCAAAAAAUAAACUUUGGAACAUAUGAUAAUUACAUUCCAGUCAGUGAAUUAAGCAAAAAAUCAUGGAAUCAGCAACACUUUGCCCUGGUAUUUCCCAAACCACCACGGCCAGGAAAAAAAAGGAGAUCAAAACCAUCUCAACUACGAGACAAUACAGCUCCUAAAUAUGAUGAAGAGAAAUUAAGAGAAGGUCCUAAACGACCGUUAUGGAUGCACAGUUCUUUAAUGAGAAUUUCUGAAAGACCAUCUGAUUAUUUAGCUGCCAGGAUAUGGCCCCAACAUAAACCAACCCAUCACCCCAAGGAGGUUGCUAAAGUAGCAGAUGUACACAAACCUGUAUCUCCAGCAAGAGGUAAGAAAGAUAAAGAACACAAGAAAGCAGACAAGAGAGACAAAUCAGAAUCAGAAUCAGAAUCCACAGUUUCAAAGGGGCCACUAAUAACUAGGAAGGAGUCAAAGAAAGAUAAGGAUAUAGAAACAGGAACUAAAGAGGAACAAAAAGGUGCAAAAAAAGAUACCAAAAAAGAAAGAAAAGAUUCAAAGAAGGGUAAGGAGUCAGGUACAGAAUCUGAAGGUGAAAAGAAAGAUGCCAAGAAAGAUGCCAAGAAAGAAAAGAAAGAUUCAAAAAAGGGCAAGGAGUCAGGUACAGAAUCUGAAGGUGAAAAAAAGAAUUCAAAGAAAGAUGCCAAGAAAGAUAAGAAAGAUUCAAAAAAGAGCAAAGAAUCAAGUAUAGAAUCUGAAGAUGAAAAGAAGGGUGCCAAGAAGGAUAAGGAUGGGAAAAAAGAUUCAAAGAAACCGGGAGAAAAAGAUGAUGAGUCAAAAGACAAGAAAGAAUCCAAGAAAGAUGCAAAGAGAAAGGUGAGUAAAAAAGAGAAGAAAGAUGAAAAGCCUAGUGGGACAGAUAUUGAAUCAAAAGAUGAUGCCAAGAAAGAUUCCAAGAAGAAUGCCAAGAAAGAUGGCAAGAAAGAUGCCAAGAAAGAUACUGACACAGAAUCUCCUGAUGCAAAGAAGGAUGCAAAGAAGGAUAAAAAGGAUGCAAAGAAGGAUGCAAAGAAGGAUGCAAAGGCAAAGAAAGGCAAGUAG